AUGGAACCUGACAGUGCCGAUCAGGAAGAUACUACCGACAUGUUUUUAAAUAUCGCGAGAGAAGAUUCAGUGAGGCCGAGUAUUGAAGACGGCCGGGAGGAUCAGAGUGCUCUGUCGCACUUCUCGAGUUCUUCGAACGGGAUCCCACCGUCGGCCACUAUCCGCGGCGAUCCCUUCCUAUCAACCCACUUCACCCCGAGGAUCAAUCGACGACUAUCCGACCAGCGCGAAAACUCGAAAACUACCUUGGACCAUGGAUCUCCUGCGGACCCAACAGGCCGCAACCUGUCGUAUCGAAAUUUCGGACGAGAGAAGGCCCUCUCGGCUCACCCUGGUGAAGACCUCAAUCGCCGCGUGGUUUCGGCUAGACCGGGCCCUACCACCCCCAGAACCCUUGCUUUUCAGGACAUGAACGAUUCGGGCACCUACAACAGGCGGCGCACCUCGAUCUCGGAUGCGACCACAACGCCGAGGACGACGCCGUACAAGCAAUCUAACCUGUCCUAUGGCCAAUAUCGCUCCCCUGCCGGGUACAACUCUUCGCCGCUCGCUCCCCGAUCCGACCAUACGCUGAGGGCUGAGCCAACACAACAGUCUUUUGAUUACGGACAGGGCGUUGAAGGAACGGAGUCUACCGCUUCCACAACCGGGCCUUCGACGGUGUGGGACGAGCUAGACGAUCUCAAAUCUCGCAUCAACCGUUUGGAAGUUACAGGCAAAACCCCGUCCACCUCAGGUGCGGCCAUGUCCCGCGUCUCAGACGAGCGGCCAUAUACCGCGAACACGGCCCUCACCAACAUUUCUGGCUCGCCUAAGCGCACAGUCACGGGCCGAGCGGUUGCGGCGGCGAACGCCGCUUCCGCGCACCCUGACGCUAUGAGCACUGUCUCCGGCCCCAAGGAAUCUCACCCGAACUUGCACGCGGCUCUCGCGAAAUCGAAGGCGCUGCUCGGCGCAGAGGUGUACAAGGCCCUGGAAUCAGCUGCGACUGAUGCUCUAGGACUGCUGAACAUGAUGGGCACUGUGGGACAACCUGGGCCCAUCUCUAGCGGGGCGAGCACGAUUGGAGGACCGGGUAUGACGGACCGCCAACUAAGGCGCAAAGCGGACAGCGUUUGCCGAAGUAUCACGGAACUCUGCCUGGCGUUAAACGAGGAGAACGCGCGCCCCAAGACUUCGCACGGGGCCAAUGCGAGCCAGAACGAGUGCCCAUCCACCCCGACGACUCUGAACGGAUUCACGGCGCUAAACCCACAGCGCCGGGCCAGCACGAUGACGGAUCAGAGGCCCAACACUAGCCCCCGCGCCAUGUCGCGACUCGAGGAGCGACGAACCAACUUGCUCAACGGCACCGCGCUACCGAGCCCCCGGCUCGCCAUGCCUUCCUUUGGUGCAACGGCCGAAGUUGGCGCUCAGGGUCGGCGAUCCUCUCUUCUUCUCUCCCGUCGACGGGCGGGCACGGAGGAACCGGACGAGGGACGUACCUCGUCUCUGCUUCUGAGGACGCGUCGCGCAGGGACUGAAGAGCCGGACGAGGCGAGGAAGGCGUCGCUCCUGACACGGCCGAGGCGUGGAACGAUUGGGGAGGACGAAGAAGACUCGAGACUUCGGGCCCCGUCGCGGGCAGCAACAGAGCUGGCGCCAUUGCCAGUCUCAUCGCGUGCCAUAUCUAGAGACUACUCGGCGCCUGGAGGUGACGCGAGCCUGAUGACGUCGACGGCUCUCCCGCGACGACGUCUCGGGCCGUCUAGCCUCACCUCGCGUUUGGCCGUGCCCGCGUCCCCUUCAACGACGACCACGGGACGGCGGUUUGGAGGCGACGGUAACACCAAUAACGUCGCAGAAAAACUGGCGGAGGAGAGGGCACCUCGGUUCUCGUUAGGUCAGACACUCUUGGGCCGAACGACAAGCCUCAGCCGGAGGGCUCGCGACAGCGUGAUGAUGAACUCGCCCGCAACUCCCCAAGCUGGAACGUACCGCUAA